AUGGCCGGAAUUCUAGGUGGGUAUGAGUCUAGCGACGAUGAGGUGCAUACCACAAGGGUGUCAGCACCUCUAACAGCCAUUACAGCCGCGCCCGAAGUUUCAACAGAGGUUGGGUCUCUUUGUCAACUUGAUCUUCAGGACAUAUCUAACGUGAAGCAGGGCUCUAAAGAACUCCAGAUAGCACUCGCAAACCCAACCAGUAAUGCGCUUACCUACAAUGUCACAUAUGACAACCUCGCUAGACCCAGUCAAGGUCCCGUGAAUCCUUUCAAGACUUCCAACGGCAAUGCGCUGAAGCGAAAGAAUGUGCCUACUGGACAUGCUGAAGAGACAAGCAUUUCUGAUACUGUCUUCAACACCCAACAUCGAACUUACCAGAGCUUGGGCUAUACACAAGAUCCUGCACAAAACGGUGCUCUGAUUGGAGACCAGGCCGCGCUCACCAGGUAUGGUGGUAAGGAUGUCGUGCAACUGGGCCAUAGCAAGGCAGAGAGUGAGAAAAUCCGAGCUAAGCGGCAGAAGAAGGGCGACAGUAGUAUCGUGGAUGGUGAGAACGCCUACAUGGGUCCAUGGGCCAAGUACAAAGGGGACGACAUUGCCUACGAACAUGCCUCAGAACUUGCAGACCGAGAACUAGCCUCCGAUGAAGAGUGGGUUGAAGAAGAGGAGGAAGUCGGCCCAGUUGCUCCCCUACCUAAAGCCGCGACAGAUUACGCUGCAACCGAUGCCUCGAUCACAGAGACGACCCAGUUUCACGGUGAAGAGCUGUACGAUUAUCAGAGAAGAACAUACAUGCAUGUGCCACAAGAUCUCGAUGUUGAUCUGCGGAAAGAGCAAGGCAGUAUCCAGAACUACCACCCAAAGAAAUUGGUACACGAGUACAAAUACCACAGCAAACCUAUUACAUCCCUCAAGUUCAUACCACGAUCUUCGCAUCUCCUACUCUCCUCUUCCGCAGACGCAAAACUGGCUCUAUGGGAUGCUCAUCAUGACCGCGAUUUACUCAGAUCGUAUUCUGGACACACAAAAUCGAUCACCGACACUGAUUGGUCUCCAGACGGAACUCAUUUUCUUUCUGCGUCCUACGAUCGCUACAUGAAACUUUGGGAUACUGAGACUGGAACAUGCAUAUCAAGGUUUACCACAGGCAAGACCCCACAUACACUUCGUUUCCAGCCGAGUAACGGUGGCGUUGAAUUCAUAGCAGGUAUGAACGACAAAAAGAUAAUUCAGUAUGACACGCGCUCCGGUGAGCUUGUUCAAGAAUACGAUCAUCAUCUGGGACCAAUCAACACGUUGGUGUUCGUCGAUGAGAACCGCAGAUUCAUGAGUACGAGUGACGAUAAGAGCCUGCGAGCCUGGGAAUAUGGCAUACCGGUGCCCAUCAAAUUCAUCGCUGACCCUUCGAUGUUCGCCUUGACUCGUGCUGCACCACAUCCGAGCGGCAAAUAUGUCGCGUACCAGUCUGCCGACAACCAGAUAGUCGUCUACGCAGCAGGAGAGAAAUUUCGCCAAAAUCGCAAAAAGGGUUUCCGUGGCAUGAACACUUCUGGAUAUGCUAUUGAUCUAGCAAUUUCUCCUGAUGGAGGCAUUGUUGCAAGCGGCGAUAGUGGUGGGUACGUGUGCUUCUGGGAUUGGAAGACAGGAAAGAUGUGGCAUAAGAUCCAGGCGGGAAGCCCAGGUCGAGAAGUUGGCCAGGCUGUGACGAACGUGGCAUGGCAUGGGCAUGAGACUAGUAAGGUUGUCACGGGUGGCCUAGACGGGAUCGUGAGACUAUGGGACUGA